CACGGUCAACAGCACCCUUCACUCGCCGUCACCACCAACAGUGUCGCCUGCCCUCUCUCUUUCUCUCCUUACCAUCUCCUACACGCUCUUAAUAUCUUCAUGUCUGAAAUCCGCAGAAAGCUUGUCAUUGUCGGAGAUGGUGCCUGCGGCAAGACUUGUCUGUUAAUCGUCUUCUCCAAGGGGACUUUCCCCGAGGUUUAUGUCCCGACUGUGUUUGAGAACUACGUCGCCGAUGUCGAGGUUGAUGGCAAGCAUGUCGAGCUCGCGUUAUGGGAUACUGCCGGACAGGAAGAUUACGAUCGUCUUCGGCCCUUGAGUUACCCAGACUCCCACGUCAUCCUCAUCUGCUUCGCCGUUGACUCCCCAGACUCGCUUGAUAACGUUCAAGAGAAGUGGAUUUCCGAAGUGAUGCACUUCUGUGCUGGUCUCCCUAUCAUUCUCGUCGGCUGCAAGAAGGAUCUCAGGCGUGAGCCGCGUGUGAUUGAGGAGUUGAGGAAGACGAGUCAACGACCGGUAACCCCCGAGGAGGGCAUGGCUGUCGCGCAAAAGAUUGGCGCCAAGCACUAUCUGGAAUGUUCGGCCAAGUCUGGAGAGGGUGUACGCGAAGUUUUCCAGUAUGCGACAAGGGCGGCCCUCUUGAGCCGGUCCCAGGGACGCAAGAAGCACUCGCACUGCGUCGUGCUCUAAUCGUCUCCCCGCACUAUUCUCGCGCGUGACGCUGGCAACAUCUUCUCUUGGUUUAACCAUGCAUCCAACACCCACGCAUUCCUCCGCCCUCUGCAUACCCCGCUAGUAGUCGUCCGUGAUAGUAGUUUUUCUCUGCGGCUCUUUUCGACUGUUCGCCUGCCCUGUAUCUCCCAUAGCAGUAACCUUGCCUUACAUGGUUUGCUCAAGCUCAUCGUCGGUAUACAUAUCUCGUCUGCGUUUACGUUUAUCACGCCUCCAUUUGCCUCGUUUCAUCCUGACGCUAUAUAAGAUAUCAAUGAUUGGUCUAGGACAGUAUCUCCUUGUCCAUGAGAUCACUGUGGUCGAUGAUGGCAUCUUCC